AUGUACGUCCCUGUCUCGAAGUUCGGCAAGCAGAUCCAGAAGCGCCAGCUUGAGGUCCCCGAAUAUGCUGCCAGCUUUGUCAACUACAAGGCCCUGAAAAAGCUCAUCAAGAAGCUCUCCGCAACGCCAACCCUAGCCGCCCAGAAUGACAUCUUGCGCUCUGCCACGCCUGUGGACUCGCAAGCAGCCCUCCAGGCGAACAAGGCCACAUUCUUCUUCCAACUGGAACGUGAGCUCGACAAAGUAAAUGCCUUCUAUCUCCAGAAGGAAGCCGAGCUCAAAAUUCGUCUCAAGACGUUGCUCGACAAAAAGAAAGUGCUGCAGACGCGCCAAGGAAUCUCGAGACGCUCGUCCAAGUUCACAACUUUGGAGGAGGGCUUUCAACAAUUUGCCACGGACCUCAACAAGCUCCAGCAGUUUGUCGAGAUCAAUGGCACCGCCUUCUCCAAGAUCCUGAAGAAAUGGGACAAGACGUCCAAGUCCAAGACAAAAGAGCUCUACCUCUCGCGGGCCGUCGAGGUUCAACCCUUCUUCAACGCCACCGUCAUAAGUGAGCUCUCCGAUCAGGCCACGACCAGUCUUCAAGAGCUUGGCGCCUGGUCGGAUGGAAUCCAAGUCAACUUCCAGACGUCCGGCCACGUUGUCACGAGCCAGCACUUCCUGGGUACCGAUGAGGGCGAUGCAGACACUCUGCUCCUUGAUACCGUCAUCACCGGCAAUUUGGAGUCGCUGCGGGACCUGCUGGCUAAGAUGCAGUCUGCUAGCGACGUGAGCGACGGCGACAACUCGUUGACGGACCGUGUCACUCGGACAUUCUUGACGGCCAUCCAUGACGCUCCGCAGACAGCUCUACAGGUGCUGCUCGACACCGGCCUGGUAGAUCUUCACUCCUACGACGACAUUAAUGAGCGCAACUGCCUCCACCAGGCAGCAAUCUACGGCAAGCAGUAUGUCCUGGAAUGGGGUCUCAAGGCUGGGGUCGCUGUCGACCGCACCGAUGUGUAUGGGAGAGUCCCGUUGCACUAUGCCAGCUUGCAUGGGCGCCUGACGAUGCUGGAAGUGCUUUUGAAUGCAAACCCUUCGACGAUUGACCUCAUUGACCAUGACAACUUCACACCCCUGAUCCAUUCCAUAAUCCACGGCCACCUCAACUGCAUUGAGCAUCUCCUCGCCAAGUCUGCACGCAUCGACCCCAUCUCAGAUACGGAUCAUGUUCCCCUCAAUCUUGCCUGCGAGCACGGCUCCGAACCAGUCGUCGAGAUGCUCCUGAAGCACGGGGCCAAGAUAUUGCCAGAUGCCGAGGGCCUCUACCCCCAGCACCUGGUCGCGCGGGCCGGGAAAUCGUCGCAGCUGCUGCUGCUCUUGAAGCAGUACGGCGCGGAUCUCGACCAGAUCGACAAGCUGUACGGCUGGACGCCGCUGGUACACGCGGCCAGCGAAGGCAACGUCGACUGCCUUCAAGCCCUGCUCAAGGUUGGCGUCGAUGUAAACAUUGUCGACGAAAAGGAGCUGCCAGCCAUGUAUUACGCCGCUUGGGAGGGCCAUCUGGCCUGCAUGAAGCUGCUUACACCCUUCAACACCCGCAUCAAGGCCAGCCCCCUGGUAGCCCAACCGUCUCUUGGGCCAAUGGACAGCAGUAGCGCGCCGCUACCCAUGUCGUUGGAUCCGGAUGCGAUUCCGGUUCUCGAGCUGCCUCCCCCCAUCAUCCCGCUGCGCCGCUACGGCCACAACUUCUUGGACACCAAGACUGUCGUGCAAAUCAACUUUGACGAGGGCAAGGAGCAGCCGUUGAUAUUCUUCCAAGACGGCAAGUAUCCCGCUGCGCGCCUGACCAUCUCCUCCAAAGUCUCGGACCUCAUCCCCAAGAACAUUAUCCUACCUUUCCAAGAAGAUACCCGAACCGUUUCCUUUCAAGUCGACAACCUCGACACCUUUUCUCUGGAUUUUGACGUCUUUCCGACCUACGGCGCCAAGGUCAUUGCCAAGACGGUGGUGCUUCCCACGGCGUUUAAGACGCAGCAGGGCAGCUCGAGUUGUUGCCUUCCGCUGUUCGACCCCCGGCUGCGGGCCAUCGGCCAGAUCAGCUUCAGCACGCAGGUCAUCAAGCCGUUCCGGGGCCAGCCGCUCGAGAUUACGGACUUUGAGACGUACUGGAAAGCCACGAGCCAGUUCAACCAGCCGACCAACGCCGUCGUCACGGGGUCUAGUUUGUCUGGCGACUAUGUGCGGCUGUUUGUGCAAUACACGAGCGACGGCGUGCCUGUCGUCUGGCCGCAGUGGACCAUUGCUUGUGGCGGCCUGCAAAUACCGGUGUGUAGGCUGUCUUUGGAGCAAUUCUCGGCGAUCACGGCGAAGAGCACUAGUCGUGCCGAGCUGGCAGGCCUUCCGUCAAAAACAGUCGAGAACAUUGCGGAGAUUUAUCACACAUUGGCCACGGCCGGUGUCACGCUCAAGGAAGCCCUGUCCAUCCUGCCUCGCGGGGUCCACGUCAACCUCCAGGUUCUGUACCCGUCUGCAGAAGAGGAGCGGAUGCUGGCGCUCGGCCCAGCCCUCGACGUCAACGUGUUUGUCGACGCCAUUCUGACGGCAGUCUUUGACCAUGCGCGGGCUCAGAGGGCACAGUUCCAGUCUCCCGACGUGGCGCGGUCCAUGGUCUUUUCCAGCUACAACGCCCGACUGUGCACGGCGCUCAACUGGAAGCAGCCCAACUUCCCAGUCUUCCUCUGCAACGACCUGGGCAGGGAAGAGAACCUCAACGGCACAAGCAAGCUGUCGAACAGCGGGCGCAGGAGCACGUCGAUUAAGGAAUCGGUCCGGAUCGCGCAGAGCAACAACUUUAUGGGCCUGAUGUGCUAUUCUCGGCUCUUGGAGAUGGUGCCCGCUCUCGUCGAUGCAAUCAAGUCUCACGGGCUGGCGCUGGUCAUGGACAAGUCCAACGACUCGCCCGACACGAGCCCGCUGACGGAACCGUUCCCCCGCCCACCUAAAGGAGUGGAUGGCGUUUUGAAGAAUCAUGGUAUUUUGCGCUUCAACGACUCGAUAGACAUGUAG